CGAUUCCUCACGUACUGCGCAUGCGCUUACUGAAGUCGCGCUAGUUCCGUUUAGCCUAAAUUGCCAUUGCUAAAGAUGGAAACCAUGAUUAACGAUGCUGUAAACCAUUUCGAAAGUAACAAUGUGUCAGGUGAAGAGGAAGAGAAUAGACUCGGGGCAUGUAAGGAAAAUGAAAGCAUGGAGAAACACAAGCGAAAAAAACACAAACAUCACAGCAAGCACAGAAAACACAAACAUUUAUCACUGGAGGAAAAGGAACACAGACACAAGCACAAACACAAGCAUAAAAAGCGCAAACACAGAGAUUCCUCCAGGGUGGACGACAGGGACGUCGAGGUCGCAGAUGAAACUGUGGCACUGAAGAAGACCAGGUUGGAUGACCUAGCAGCCCUGGAGGAUUUGGAAAAGCAAAGGGCCCUGAUCCAAGCAGAGCUCGAUAAUGAGCUGAUGGAGGGAAGAGUUCACUCAGGAAUGGGACUGAUACUGCAGGGAUAUAACUCAGGGUCAGACGAGGAGAUGGAUGUGCUGGAGCGGACAUGUAAUAGGGAUGAGCAGAGGGAGAAUCUAGAACAGCUUCAUAUGCCUGGGGGACCAGAAAGCCAGUCUGCUAAAGACACAGAACAAAGUCAGGACAGUUCUAUAGAUGAGGAAAGAAUGGGUACUUGGCGGCGUAGUAGAAGCAAGUCUGAAGAGGAGGCAACUAUCCAACAUAAAUCGGAUAGAAAAAAGAGUAGACCUGAGUCGGAUUCAGAUAACAAACACAAAACUCAAGGUCCAUUCCCAUCUUUAGAGAAGAAGCCAUCCCAUAACAUGCAGCAGCCCAGAGGUGGUCGUACAAAAUCCAGAUCUCCUACAUUAUCCAGGAAACAGAAUAACACCCAUAAGGAUUCCCAGUCAGGCUCUGCAGAGACAGAACAGGGAAGUAAAAGAGACUCUUCAUCUUCAUUUCGCCAGCCUGGGACCAGAAGUACUGACCAUGCCAAAUCACCAGAGAAGGUAAGACGCUCCAGUUCAAAAGACAGACAUAGAAGAUUACCUGAGCCUGACCGCAAACGGGACAGGGACAACCCAUCAGCCAAGUCUCCUUGUAAGGAGGUCUCAUCAGGCAAGGAAAACAGAUCCCCCCACAGAAGGCACAUCCACAGUCCAAUUCGGGAUAGAUCCUCUCGCAGGAGCAGGGAACGCCAUUCCCCUCAACAGCCUUCCAACUUUCGGUCUGCCCCUCGCAACAGAUCUCCAGCCAGAAGGGAACGAUCUCACUCUACUGAUAGAAGACGGAGAGAAUCUGACCGACAGAGACUCUCGCCCAUCAGGAUGCGGUCCCGUGAUGAGGCAGCUAGCUGCAGUGGGCCGAACCCCUCUCUCGGCUCCAGAGGAAGGCCGAGCCGUUCUCCCAGGAGACGCACCAGCAGAUCUCCUCUUCCCAGACGAAGGUCUGUGGAGAGGGGCAGGAUGGGCUACAGGUAUCAGGCACGCUCAGGAUCUCAGGAAAGGAAGAAGAGAAGCAGGGAGAAGGAUGAUAAGUUUAAGGGCAGUCUGUCAGAAGGCAUGAAAGCCGAUCAGGAUGAAUCGGAUGAAGACGUUUUGGAAGAUUAUGAUGUGGAUGAAGAGGAUGAGGAGGCACUGAUAGAGCAGAGGAGACUCCAGCGCUUGGCAAUUGUACAGAAAUAUAAGGAAGCAUACGAGGACAACAGCAAGUCAGAGCCUGCUAGUCCUCAGAGUAGCUCUCACAGCCGCUCUCCCUCACCAGAAGAUGUUCUAGAGCGAGUUGCAGCUGAUGUAAAGGCUUAUGAGCAAGAGAACUUGGACACCUUCGAGGCCAACAUUAAGGCAAAACACAAUCUGCUCACUCAGGAAAAAGACGGGGGUAAUCCAAAGAAGCAAUCAGCUCCUGACAUGUUUACAGAGUCAGAUGACAUGUUUGCUGCAUACUUUGACAGUGCAAGGUUGCGUGCAGCAGGCAUUGGGAAGGACUUUAAGGAGAACCCCAGUCUCAGAGACAACUGGACAGAUGCUGAAGGAUAUUAUCGGGUGAACAUCGGAGAGAUGUUAGACAAACGAUAUGAUGUUUACGGCUACACCGGUCAGGGUGUGUUCAGUAAUGUAAUCCGUGCAAGGGAUCUGGCCCGAGCUGGUCAAGAAGUUGCUGUGAAAAUCAUACGCAACAAUGAGCUCAUGCAGAAGACAGGCCUUAAAGAGCUUGAGUUCCUGAAGAAGCUGAAUGAUGCAGAUCCUGAUGAUAAAUUCCACUGUGUGCGUCUGUUCAGGCACUUCUACCACAAGCAGCACCUGUGUUUGGUGUUUGAGCCACUCAGUAUGAACCUGCGGGAGGUCCUGAAAAAGUAUGGCAAAGAUGUGGGUCUCCACAUCAAGGCAGUGCGCUCCUACAGCCAGCAGAUCUUCCUAGCUCUCAAACUCCUCAAGCGCUGCAACAUCCUUCAUGCUGACAUCAAACCUGAUAACAUCCUGGUGAAUGAGUCGAAAACCAUACUGAAGCUUUGUGACUUUGGCUCUGCAUCCCACAUCGCUGAGAACGACAUCACGCCCUACUUGGUCAGCCGAUUCUACAGAGCACCUGAGAUCAUCAUUGGAAAACCGUACGACUAUGGAAUCGACAUGUGGUCUGUGGGUUGCACACUGUACGAGCUGUACACAGGAAAAAUCCUCUUCCCUGGGAAGACCAACAACCACAUGCUGAAACUUGCUAUGGACCUUAAAGGGAAAAUGCCCAACAAGAUGAUAAGGAAAGGCUUAUUCAAGGACCAACACUUUGAUCAAAACUUGAACUUCUUGUAUACAGAGGUAGAUAAAGUUACAGAACGGGAAAAAGUGACGGUGAUGAGCAGCAUCAACUCCACUAAGGACCUGUUAAACGACAUGAUUGGGCGUCAGAGACUACCGGAGGACCAGCGGAAGAAGGUGGUUCAGCUCAAAGACCUGAUAGAUCAGAUUCUGGUGCUUGACCCAGCCAAGCGGAUCAGCAUCAACCAGGCCCUGCAGCACCCCUACAUCCAGGAGAGGAUGUGACUGUCAUACCCAAACUUCUGAGGAUACACAACACCAAAUCCUUAAAGUCUGCCAACAAAGUGAUGGUUUUGUAUUUGCAGGCAUGACUGAAUAGAUGAAGAGGCAUUUUAAUGUAUAAGUAAAGUUUUUUUUUUUGUUUGUUUGUUUUGUUUGUUUUUUUUUGACUUUCUGAACCCAAGUUAUCUUACUUUUAGCUUUUAGUUCAUGUUGCCCUCAUAAAGAUGUGCCACCAGCCCCUGAAAUUUUUAGGCUCACAUGCAGCAGGUUAAAUCUAUUUUUUAUUUUUGUUUAUGUUCAUGCAAUAAUUGAUAGAAUCUGAAAGCAACAAAAAUGACUAUACAUUUACUGGUGUUCCAAUAGUCUGAGCCUCCCCUAACAGUGUACGUGAUGAUUUAAGUUCAGGAUAAAUGCAGUCUAUAUCCGCAUCUCCCUCAGGUGCUAGAGCGACAGCGCCCACUGGUGCACAGGCCUGUAGGUGUGCGUCUGCUGAAAUCGGAGCUCUUGAGCCCUACCUGAGCCUGUCUGCAGGGAAGGCCUCCUCUGUAAAGGCAGGUUGUGUUCCUCUAUCAGUACACUGAAGGUAAGCUCGGCCGGCCAAAAUUGUUAGUAUACGGUGCCUCUGUUAUACAUUUUGGCUGAAAGUCUCAUGAAAAAAACAGUAUGCUCAUUUUCUGGCAUCUUUUGCAUGUAGAGACGAGGAACGGUCUAAACCCAUCAUCCUUCCACAGAGCCAAAGUUAAUUCCUAAAAACAGUUCUUGUGUAAACAAGUUGGGAAAGGAAUUCCAAGGCAGUCACUAUUGCUGUUAAGGGUAAGGGAAAAGGGGCAGUCUGAAAUAUUUGAACUGAACAAGCACCUUCAGUGUACUGCCUCUGACAGUCAUGUAUUGUUCAAAUGCACUGUUUGUGACUCUCAGUGGAUGCAUUUGUUCUAUCUAAUGUUCUCGCAAGGGGUGCAUGUGUUCUAAAAUGUUGUGCACUUUGUAUGAGCUUUUUUUGUGUACUUCAGCCUGUGUUCCUUUGGCCUGACGUGAUCGUGUUGUCUUUUGAUACAGGGAUAUUCCUCAUCUGCUCUAUGAAUCUGCUUGUUUUGAGCGGUAAUUGAUUCUUUACUUCAUAUUGCUUUAUUGUUAUAAUUAAGACACAGAACUAGCUCAUCCAACUUGUAUAUUAUCCAUACCACGUCCUGCAUGUUAAAAAAUAGUUUGCAUAAUUGUAAAUUUAUAAUUGUGUGUUUAUCAUAAAACAAUGUAAAAUAAAAAUGUUUGAUGUGGAGAAAAAGUAAGAAAAAUAUGGUCAUAGACCUCCUGGUUUGUCUUGUGUGCACCCAAUGGCAGGUAAUUAUGGUUUAAGAUACCAUACACUUUACGUUUAAGUUUCAUUGACACUAACUGCUGUUUAUGAUGUUUCUCCCACUGUUCCCUUGUGGUUGCUGAGAGAGAGAUUAUAUUCUCCAACCAAAGGAGGCUCUUCUCUGUGCACCAUCCUCCAGCCUGCCUCUGCUCUCAAAGAGACAAGACCUCCACAAGACCCCUAUUCCAGGUCACUCCUAAAGGCAUGUGUAGCUCCAAAAUAGCAUAGACAGAAAUGACCAGUCUAAUGAUUGAAAUGGAGGAUGUUGAAAUUUGAUUUGUUUUUGAGUUCACUUUCUAGCACCUUUCACACACCUUUUCAAGUCCCUUUCACACUACUCAGUAUUUACCACAGAUUUUUUUUUACCCUAUACGUAGUGUGAAUGUGUAGUAAGAAAAUGGCAUGUGCUAUUCGUCUAGCCCUGCAAAUGUUCAGAGUAAACAUGGAAUAUUUCAUGUCUCAAACAGGUUUUUAUUUUAUUUUUCAGUAAACAAUAAUGUCUUGAAUAUGAACGAGGAUCAGCAAAUAAGUCAUUAAUUGUGUAAUAAGUAUUAAUGGUAAAUAUUCAAGGGCGCUGAUAAUUACAAAACGUACAAAUUUCCCCUAAUGAUAUUAUUUAGUACUGUAUCUCUAGUUUAUAGCAAUUAAAGCGACCCGUAACAAGUAAGUGGACAGACUGAUGUUUUAAUCAUCACUUCGGAUUGUAGUGACAUUGAUGAAUGACUGUUGCCACAUUGGGGGGAAAAGAUACUGGUUUAUUUGUUCUCUGUAUUUUAGGUGCUGUCGAUUAGAGAAGACUCUUAAAGGGACUCACAUCUGACCAAAGGUUUUUGCUUUAGAGAGUGAUCUUUACUAGUUUUACUUUAUUCAACAUUUCAGCAAAAUGACUUGUAAUUUGGUUUUAAUCUCUGGUUUUAAGCUUUAAGUCUCAUUUGUCAGCCAUUAAACACAACCUGAGCCAUUAUUCUACAGGUAUACUUGUUACAAAGUGUUGUUACAGCUACUUGGCUGGCAGUAGUAAAGAAAAAAAAAAAGAGUGGUGGAUUCAGUGAAGUGAGGUGGCUUUUGGUUAACGGGCAUCAAAAUCAGCCAGCCCAUGCCACCUAGUUUUAUUUCAGCUGUAUUACAUUUAUAGGAAGUUUGUUUUCUGAAACAUUGGUGAUUAUAUAAUAACAGUACAUAAUAAAUUGGUGGCAUAGCCAAAUUGAACAACUGAAAGGUAAUACCCUUUUUUUUGUUUUCACUGACCCAUGUCUUUACACAUGAUCCUUAAAACUAACCUGAAUUUGUCUCUAUUUUUAGGGUAAGUCAACAUUUACAUCCCGUUCUGAUCACUAAACAACCUACAAAGAGGAUGUCCUGACUAGUCGUGCACCCUUUUGCUGAAAUCCCUUUUUAAAGAGGCCCAUCAUCUCUUCAAUUAUUCAUAAACCACCAGUUUUCAAAUGAACUGUUCAAAUACUGCAUUCAUAUUCAUUUGACAGAUGCACUGUGUAUAAUGACAUGACACCAUGAAUAAACAAAGAAAAACACU